UCCUUUUCUGGGUCUAUCUUAAGAACAAGAAGAAAACAAAAAUAUGUACGGUGGAAGUACCUCGGGGUUUGAUCUCAAUCUCCUGGAGUCGAUUCGUCAGUAUCUUUUGGAAGAUGAACUUCCGUUUGAUGAUCAGAUUGAUGGUUCGAAAACUGAUGCGAUUAAUGUUGAUCAGUGGGUAACCUUUGAUCAGUUAUUCGAUGCGGCGGAGACGGCCGCUGUUGGUGUCUCGGUUCCCAGCUGCGAAGUGAUCACUUCCGAGGUGGGUACUGCGACUGCGACGACCGCGACUGCCCCUAAACUGCAAGCGCCGCUGAAGAAGGUGCAUUAUAGGGGUGUGAGGAGAAGGCCGUGGGGGACGUACGCCGCGGAGAUAAGGGAUCCGAAAAAGAACGGUGCGAGGAUCUGGCUCGGGACUUACGAGAGGCCCGAGGAUGCGGCGCUAGCUUAUGACAGAGCGGCUUUCAAAAUGCGUGGCGCAAAGGCCAAGCUGAAUUUCCCUCACCUCAUUGGCUCCGAUCAGGUGGAGCCGGUUAGAGUGACCAAUACCAAGCGGCGGUCUCCGGAUCCAUCUUCGCCUCAGUCAUCGGCUCAGUCGGCUUCCUCUUCAUCAUAUAUAUCCGAUGACGGGACUCCCAAGUCGAAACGGAGGAUGAUCAGUGUGAUUAACUCGGCGGUUAAAACUGAGUUAGGAAGCGAGUUUGAACUAGAAUUGACGCCAACUGAUUUUUGGCAGACCGUUUUCUGUUAA